AUGUCUUACGUCGCUCCUCGACUGACGUUGCGUUCCUUCCCCCGCGCUUCCACCCCCAUCCGUCUCCAACGGCGCUACGCCAGGGUCCACGAUGUACGCUUUGUGGCAACGCAGCAACGAACGAGCACGAUAGAUGAGAAAUAUAGAGCGAAGCUCGAACAGAAGGCCAAAUCAGAGGGCCAUGAGUCCAUCUCAUCGCUGAAAGAAGCCUACGCAGACAAGAUCUCCGAACACCGUCGGGCAGCCUCGAAACCACCACCAGGCGCUUCAAUAAACACGUCUUCACCCCUCGAGCCACCGUCUCCUUCGUCCUCACAACCCCAACAGCCCACUCAGUCCUCACAACCUCCAUCCCGGGGUGCACCCGGCCACAAAGUCCCCGAAAGCGGCAUCAAGCCACUCUCCUCCUACCUCGAUCUCGAGAAGAUCGCCAGCCUUCCCGCCAAAGAAAUCGAGCUGCUGUGGCGGCUACGACAUGCCUCUUCGCCCCUGUCCCUCUGCGCGACCAUCCCCCUCGACACCUACCGACGCAUGUACGCCUCGGCACUACAACACCCACAAUUCGUGCUCCCACUCCCACGCCCCGCCUCCGACGACGGCUCAGGCGACAUCCAGACCUCCACCGACGGCUUCGGGCCCGACGCCCAACGCACGACGGCCGACGUGCACUUCCUACAGUGGGGCUUCCACCCGCCCGCAAAGUCCGCCACGCCGCCAUCAGGAACUGCGGCGGGUGCAGGCGCGAAAUCAGAAAAUAAUCAUACGAGCACCGUUAUAUUCACGCACCUGGCGGCCUUCAAGCUGCACGGCGAGCACGCGCAGCCUCACACGACCAUCACGCACCACCUGGACCUCGCGGACAGCCACGGGCUGGUGCUGCUGAAUGGCGGGGUGAUGGAGGGGCGGGGCGUGAGCGUCGACGAGGGCCGCUGGCUGCUGAUGUGCCUACAGAAGUUCUACGAUUUUGAAGGUCACGGUGGGGGAGUGGGGCGGGAGCGGCGGCAGGAGCUGUUGAAGAAGUUCAGCAGUGGGGAUAGCGGGUUUAGUCUGGAGGAGCUGUUGGAUGAGGCUGAGAGAGUAAGUUGA